UCGAAGUCGUCACGUCACUCGUCACAGUCGAACUGGAGUACGUACGAGGCGCGCAUGUGUGAUCGUAACGUCAGCCGCUUUCGACAAUAUAAUAAAUUUAUAUUAAAAAUAUAUAUAUAUCUAUUAAAAAAAGAUAGACAUUAAAAUAAUUGCUAUUAUCUAAUAAAUAUAAUACGCAAGUGACUUCAGUAUUGUGUGUGACCUGAAAUUCAUUGUGAUUAGCAAAAUAUACGCAGCGUAUAUUUAUGACUAACGUCAAAUGAUAUUCGCAAUGAUCGUCACAGUUCGAAGACAUUCCGACACGAAACGACACUGAACCGACUUCAAAUGAGUCUCUAAUUUAUAAUUUGAAAGAAUUGAAUACAAAGCUUUCAAGAUGUAUAGCCUACAUGAAAUCCCGUCCAUAGCCCCUGAACUGACCACCGAGUUCUUCGAUAGCACAUUCAGCACGGACUUUCUGUACAACGGCACUGAUUCUUCAGACAUUGGAUAUUUAAUGCAUAAUGCUACGAACUCAACCGUUAAUAGUUCCAUGAGGCCCGGGGGCAAGAUGUUCGGGUUGAUCGUGAAGAUUGUGUACGCCAUCGGAAUUAUUGGUAACGCAGCGGCUAUCGUGGCACUGAGACGAGGCGAGCGACGUGUACGGAAUCGCAAGCACUUGCUGCUUCUUACCUCUCUGGCUGCAAAUGAUUUGGUCGCCCUGAUGGGUAUGAUGGGUGCGUUGCUGGUGUCGGAGCAGUGGCCGUGGGCGCGGGAGACGCGCGUGUACUGCGCGGCACGCGUGGUGCUUCGCGUGUUCGGUGUGGGCAGCGUGUGCAUCGCCGUCACCAUGGCGCUCGAGAGAUACCUUGCGCUCACCAGACCGUUUCUAUACCAGAAGCAAGUGACGUACUACGUGAUCCGCAUGGCGCUUCUCGUGUCGUGGUUCUGGGCGGCGGCGCUCACCUGCGCGCCGGUGCUCGGCGUCGGCUUCUACUACGAUGAGCGGAGCAAAUGCUGCACGAGAUACCGGAACGCUACUUCUGGACUCAACUUUGGAUAUGCCGUCUUCUAUGUUAUGUUUGGUACACUCCUGUGCGCAGUAUUAGUGUAUUGCAACCUCGCUGUGAUCAGAGCACUCUACGCUAUCACGGCUCCAAGAGGUGGAGGUCCCCCAGUCGUGCGUAGGGUUUCCAAGAGCAGCUGCCGGCAACGCAACAACACCGCGCAUGCGCACCACAACGCAGCCACCGCCGAAGAGGUCGCCUUCAGCAGACUGAUGGCCACGCUCUCCGUGCUGUUCAUGAUUUGCUGGUUACCACAAAUGGUAACAUCAGCUCUUUACUUGGGUCUGGGACAGUCAGCCUGGCCACGUCUCGGCACGCUGGCAGCUCUUUCUGACGUGCUGAUGCUACUCAACUACGUACUGGACCCAAUACUCUACGUGCUGAUGCGGCAGCGCCGUCACCUAUCACCGACGGCGCUUUGCCAUUCCAUUGCACACUGUUUUAAGCGGAAUCACAAAACAUCGACCGAGUCGAUGAAGACAUCGUGCUGCCCGCAGGAAACGCUCGUGGUGAGCGAAAGUUCGGGCGCGGAGCUGAGGCCGCUGCGUGCGCCCGUCUGCGCCGCACUCGUCAAGAUACACGACUGAUGGACCGAGGACGUCGGGCACAGCCCUCACACGCGACGAUAGGUCGUUGGCAAAUAAGUUAAUAUACUCAUUGAAGAUAUAUACUUUUGUCUACAAACUUCAGAACAAGCUAACCGAAAGAAUCUUUGUUUCCUAUGUUUGAAUUGUUUAGUUGUAUUAUAUAAAAAUAUAAUUAACGAAAGGCGCUUCAUUAAAAAACUACAGAUUUUUAUUUUUUUUUUAUCUUGAAAAUGAAAUUACAAAAUUUUUUUGAUUAUUAUUAUGUGCGCAGCGAAUUUAAACAUAUGAUUGUACAAAAUUAAAAAAAAAGUCAUACAGGCUCUUCGGAACCCGAAAAAAAAUCUUCUAUUUAAGACAAAGUUAAAAUAAAUCUGAAAUACAAAUCAAGAAAAAGACUUAUUGGAAUAGGUCAACAUCGAAAGUAGGUACUGUAUUUAUCAACUUUGUUUUAUUUUAUGCUCAAAACAAGAAAAUAGAGCAUUUCGCCAAUGUUUAUACAGUACUCAUAAUCAUAUUAAAUCACAAGUUAAUUUUAAGUUGUAAGUUUUUGAUACCUACAAUAUACAAAAACCCUGUUGAUCAAUCGAUGGAUACAAUUCAAAAAUAAAGUCAAAGUUCAAAACAUAUUAAUUUGUUUAAAAAUAACAAAGCCCUCAAUAUACUUGUUUUCUUAAAUUACCCUCAAUGUAAUAGAAAUAGGUACAUCUUUUUAAAUUAACAUAAAAUCAAAGCCUAAAAUGAAUUCUUUAAGAUAUAUUUGACAAACGACCAUUUAUCUACUAUCGGUCAAUAUUAAUUUAAAAGUUUACACAACAAUUAAAAGCUUUAACUGGUAUAGGAUUUUACAUAAAUAUAUUUUUUAUAAAAUAUUAUUAUAAAUGUAGCCCUAAGAUCAUUAUUUAGUCUUUAGAUAUAAAUAAAUAAUAUUAAGAUUUGGAAGUUACCCAACGUUAACAAUACGAUAAAAUAAUGUCUGUAACAAGUUGAAAUUAAAAACCAGAUUCUAUUUUUUUAUAAAAGCAUAAUCAGCAGUAAGCGGCAACAGAUAAUGUAUAAAUUAUUUAUCGAUAUUACAGAGUUUAUCUAUAAGCGAAGUGCGUAUUAAAAUAUCUUAUCGACUGCACACUUCAACCACGUAUUAUUUUUAUAUUUUUUAACGUUUGCAUUUAAUUUCUUACAAGAAGUAUUUUCAUUUUGAUAUUAUUUGUACAAAACAUUAGUAUUAAAUCACAUAAUAUUACAUUUGUAAAUAAUUAGCGUAACAUAAGGCCUACCGAAUAAUUAAGCAAACAUCUAGUCGGAAAGCAUGUAUAAGAAACUAACUUGUACUUAAAUUUUGAUCUAAUUCUACAGUAUAAAAAUCGUAGACAUUUCAUAAGAAAACAAAUGAGUAGAAGUACCCAUAUCGUUCAACGUCAUAAAUAAAUAUUAAACGUUACACCUGUUGUAUUAAAACUUAAUUAGAUAGGUAUAUUAUAUUAAUAUUACUAGCGGUGCCAGCGAUUUC